CCUCGCUGAAGUAGACGUGGCAGUGACGUCAGUGCCGGAAACGACCCGGAUUGGAACUUUAACUCCUGGGCUGAUUAGUUUUUGCCAGAAACAUCGAAGGCUCUCGAAAUAUGGUGUAAUAUCGAUUCAAACAUGUGUGUACAUAUGUACAUGAAGGAUACCCCACCUUGGCUGUGAGUUUGUUUGCACACCGGGAGGUCUUCACGUGUAUCCGUCAUCACACAGAUCGGAGGAGAAAGGUCCGGCAGGUGGUGUCUGGUCUACAGGUGGUGACCCUUUACUGGCGGCAAGAUGACGUGCCGUGACCGGACCCUCGAGUUCCAGUCAGCCUGUAAAUCUCUCCAGGGCAGACCGAAUGGCGUCCAGCCCAGUAAACCAACUCUCAGCGCCCUCAGGCAGCGCAGUGACUUCACAGUUAUGGCCAAGAGAAUUGGAAAAGACUUGAGCAAUACAUUUGCCAAACUGGAAAAGCUCACCAUUUUGGCAAAAAGAAAAUCUCUAUUUGACGAUAAGGCAGUGGAGAUCGAGGAGCUAACGUACAUCAUUAAACAAGACAUCAACAGUCUAAACAAACAGAUAGCACAACUGCAGGACCUGGUGAGGUCCCGCGGAGCUCCGGGUGGAAGACACAUUCAAACUCACUCUAACACUAUUGUGGUGUCAUUACAGUCCAAACUGGCUUCAAUGUCCAAUGACUUCAAGUCAGUCCUAGAAGUCAGAACAGAGAACCUGAAGCAGCAGCGCAGCAGGAGAGAGCAGUUCUCCCAGCCCCCUGUGUCGUCUUCUCCUCUGAUGGCCAACAACUUCAGGAGCCGCAAAAAAGGGGCCCAGGAGCCGCAUGCAGCUCGCGAGCCGCGCAAUGGUUACCAGGGCAAUACAACCUCAAAUUUAAAAGAGAGCUCGGUCCUGAUGCAGGAUGAGUCCCGGAGUAUGGGGGAUGUAGCCAUCGAUAUGGACUCUCAGAGCAAUCCCUUACAGCUUCAACUUAUUGAUGAGCAGGACUCGUACAUCCAGAGCCGUGCGGACACCAUGCAGAACAUCGAGAGCACCAUCGUGGAACUGGGCUCUAUAUUCCAGCAGCUUGCACACAUGGUGAAAGAGCAAGAGGAGACCAUCCAGAGGAUCGACGCUAACGUGGAGGACACCCAGCUGAACGUGGAUGCUGCCCACACGGAGAUCCUCAAAUACUUCCAGUCAGUCUCCUCCAACCGCUGGCUGAUGAUAAAGAUCUUUCUCGUCCUCGUCGUCUUCUUCAUCAUCUUUGUUGUCUUCUUCGCUUAAAGAAAAGAGGAGCAACAGAGAGGAGCGGAUAAGCGCAUCGACUGAGAAACUUAAGCUGGACUGAGACGAAAUGUCCAGACGACAUAUUUGAAGGACAGACUUCACUGUCAAAGUGACAUUUUGAUGGAGACUCGGGAGCCGCUCAGAUUAAUACAGACUUUCUGGUUAUUCCCAAGCCACAGACUCGUAUCUUAAUUCGACAAUUCAGUGAAGAAUGAAGAUGUCGAACUCUGUCCUAACGAAAGAAUAAAUUAUCUAAAAUCCCCACUUUGUAUAGAGAGAGAGCAAAAACUGCUCAGUGUUGACCAAUUAUUCCUAAACAUUUAAUCCAAAUGGCUAUAAUUUAAUGGUUUGAUUCUGCAAACUGUCUUUUUAAUUUAGAAUUUCCUGUUCACCCCACAUCAUACAUUAUUAAUAUUGUUAUUCUUAUUAUUAUGACUAUUGUUAUUAUUUCAAAGCCAAACAACAGAACUGGAGUUUAACAGAUCUCAGAUACUUUUGCUUUUUAGUUUACUCACGUUUUAUUGAAGCGCAUGACCCUUGUUUAUCAACAAUUCUUCACUAAAUAUUUUUUUUAUUCUGUUAUGCUUUCAAAGUUGAUUUGCCAAAUGGGUACUCCUGUAGAACUGUGAUACAACUACAAAGACACUCACUGUGGUCCAGCAUUUGGUGUCCUGAGAAGAAUUUACAGUUACAGCUUGCUGGUGUAAUCCAGAUAUAAGAUGGAUGGAAGACAACACUGUUUUAAAUGAAACGGUUCAGUUGUUUAGCAUUAAGCAGGUUGAACGAUUGAAGGUUGAAAACGUGUAAACCUCCCACUUUCAGUGCUGCAGUGACGAGUGUCUGGUGGGUCUGGUCAGAUCAGUGCUGAUGAAAGGGUUCGACUGGUUGUGAAGUGACUCCAUCAGCCAGAUUCCCUGGAAGUUUCUGGUCGGAUGUCACUGUUGUAGUUGCUUCUCCUCUUAAUCUAUCAGAUGUUAUUUAAAUGACCACAGCUUUUUAUCAAGAAAGAAAACAUUCUUCCUAUUUUCUUUCCUGUCUGUUCCUCCAUUUUUUUAGCCAAAUGCCUUGACUUCAAUGUAUAAAGUGCAAAUAGUGAUAAUGAUGUAUUGAUAAGAAAGUGCAUAUUAAUAAAACGAUAAUGGGGUGCUGGCA